AUGGACAUCUCAUCGAGCUAUUCCGCCUCUCCGACCAAGGAAAACGAGUCUCCGUUCGACCUCGACUCCAAGCGAUCAAGCGCAACAAUCACAUCUCCGCCAACCAGCGGUGUUCCCACGCGGGCGCCCACGUUGUCCUGGCAGAGACGGCCAACUUCACAAGCGUCCGGCGGGUCUCGAUCCCGGCCACUGUCUGUGGUCGCGGCCGAAAAUGCAGCCGCUCGCUCGUCUACGCCGCCGGCCGAGCCAGCUUCCCCCGAGCAUGCCGUCUCUCGCGAUCAGAUUGCGCAAGCAUUAUUGUCGAAGGACCCGUCGUGGUUCCGACAGACUGCGGACCGCGGCCAGAACUCGGCUGCGUAUCGUCGAAACCAGGUCGAAGAUGAGGACAGGUUGGACAUGUCAUCCAUGAGCGCGCAGCUCCCAGGCAUGUCGCGGGCCGGCUCGACAGAGCCCGAGAGGGAUGUGCCUACGGCUCUGUCCGGCUCUCCUGCGUUUCCAGGAAAGCUUGGCUCACCUCUUCCUCUUACAAGUGCCCAGAAGCUUGAUCCUCCGAUCAACAUGGGCGAUAGCUCUAUCGAUGCAAUUGCGUCUCCCCUGUCUACCGGGCGAACUUCUCCUACGCGACCGAUAUCCCCUACCAAGGGCAUGGGCGGGUUCGUCCAGAGCGCGAUGAUGAAGCGGUCCGACAGCGUCAAGAGAUGGAGUGUGACUUCCCCACAAGGCCUACAGCGUGCGGGCUCCGUGGCUUCUAACCGCAAUAGCGUUGACUAUAAGGAGCGCACUGCAAGCCCUCAACCUGAGGCAACCUCAAGACCCGGCAGCAUGCUGAGAGAAAGCAGCUCAAGACCAACCUCAAGCCAUGCCAGAGAGUCCCCUCCUCUGUCAAUUGAUACUGGCACUACAGAAAAGGCUGUCGUAGAGAAGUCUGCAGACCCCGAAAAGACCCCUCCUACCAGCCCGUCCAGGACAAUGGAUCAGCGUCGCUGGAGCCCUAAUAAGACCUCAAGCUGGCUUGAUGCGGCCCUGAACAAGCCCGAAUCGCCGAAGCCGAAGCCUACACCUCCAGCUAGCUCGCAGCCUGCGUGGAUGGUGGAAUUGAACAAGGCAAAGGCCCAAAAGACCGGGAACACUAGUGUAGACCUUGGCCGACCUGGAACAGUUACGAAAAAGCAUGAGGUGAAGACAGGCGGACUUCUAAGGUCCUCAGCACCUGGAACCACUGUCAAGCCUGCUGGUCUGGGUAGAGUCAAUGCCUUUUCUUCUCCGGUUGCAGCAAAUGAUAAGCCUGCGGCCCUCAACUAUCGUAGUAGCAUUACAAAGAGCAGUGCGGAAAAGGUGGAGGUUGACGCCGAAGACACCGAGAAUGUGGCAUCGUUCGGCAGUCCGCCUACUAUCAAAUCAAAGCCUGAGACGCCUCCAAAGAAGGACUUCCGUGCGGGCCUGAAGCCACGGCAACCUCCACCUGCAGAUGAUAAGGGGCAGGCCAACGAGUUGCAGAACGUCUUUGGUAACCUACGGCGGACAAAGACACAGAACUACGUUGCUCCUGACGAGUUAAAAGAUAAUAUCUUGCGAGGCAAGGCUGCUUUGAACUUGACGGGCGGACCUAAACCCCGAGAGAGGAAGGACGAAUUCAAGGAAGCUAUUCUGAAGAAGAAGGAGGAUUUCAAGAAGGCGCAACAAGAGGGAAAAGGCGUUACUAGAGCCCCCGGCGCACCCAGCGAGAAGCCCAUCCCAGAAGCGAGACUCGGCGACUUCUCAGGCGACAUCUGA